AUGGCUUUUCGGUGCCUGAAAUUAUUAAGAAUAAUAAGGUCCACGAAUGUGAUCCGUCAUAAUUUAAUUACAACUUCUGUAGCUUUAUCAGAAGAAGUUAAAAUCCAUAAACCAAAGGAGUAUAAAACAGAAGAUAAUUUAGUAUACGCAGAAGACCCAGAUACUUUUGGUACCUUAUCCAGGAUUGUUAACACUAAGUCGGAACAGCUGGAGGAUGAAGGAGAUAUAAAAGAACAAGAGUUCAUACAAAAUAAGCCGUUGCGCACUCAGAAACUCACUAUUAGACAAUAUGCCGAUUUAAUAAAACAAUUUAUCAGUCACAAGAGACUAAAAGAGGCCAUCGACGUCUUAGAAACGCGUAUGUUAAAAGAAGAUAGAGUAAAACCAGAAAACUACAUUUACAACAUACUGAUUGGUGCUUGUGCUGAUGUUGGCUACACAAAGAAAGCCUUUAAAUUAUUUAACGACAUGAAAAAGCGUGCUCUACUGCCCACGGGAGACACUUACACAUGCCUAUUUAAUGCUUGUGCUAAUAGUCCAUGGCCAGCGGAUGGAUUAAUGCGAGCUAAGCAUUUAAAGGAGCUUAUGGCUGAGAAAGGAUAUGAACCAAAUAUUACUAAUUAUAAUUCAAUGAUUAAAGCAUUUGGUAGAUGUGGAGAUUUACCAACAGCAUUUAUGAUUGUUGAUGAAAUGGCAUCAAAGAGGAUUAAACUAAGAGUUCAUACUUUAAACCAUCUCCUUCAUGCUUGUAUAUCUGAUAAACAGAAUGGUUUGCGUCAUGCUCUCAUAGUCUGGAGGAAAAUGCUAAAAUUGAAAGAAAAACCAAAUAUUUUCAGCUUUAAUUUAAUGCUUAAAUGUGUUAAAGAUUGCAAUUUAGGUAAUAAACAGGACAUUGAAGAGCUAAUUGGAGUCAUACAAGAUCAUAUUCAGCUGCAAAAUAAAAAUAGCAAACAGUUGAAGUUGGCUGAAUCAACUAAAAAUUUAAAAAGUCUGGAACCAGACAAACAGAAAUUAAUUGAGCCCUCUACAUCUGUUACUGAAAUAAAUAAUAACAAUGAGCAAACAAAUGUGUUUACUAGUGAUAUAAGUAUUAUAAAUAAAAACGAUGAUAUUGCAUUAGAAUUUGUUAACAAAUUGGACAAAGUAAUCACAAAUGAGGCAACUGUACCAAACUUACUAUCAAAGGUAUUAAAUAUGGAACAAGUGACAGGGUUGCAAGAAAUCCACACAUUACAAGAUAAGUUUGCAGUAGUAGGUGGACAAGAGGACUUCCUCAAAGAAAUGCAGACAUAUUCAGUUAAACCUAAUAUUAAGACUUUUACACAAAUGCUUCCUUUGUUAGAGAAUACUACAGAAGCUGAGGACAGAUUACUUCAAACAAUGAAAACUUUAGGCAUUAGAGCGGACAUAGAUUUUUAUAAUAUGCUUAUAAAGAAAAGGUGCUUGAGAUCUGACUAUGAUUCUGCAUUUGCUGUGCAGGAUAUAAUCGAAAAAGAAAGUGACUUUAGAAAGAAAAGGUUUCCAUUUUCUAAGAAUUUAAAAUUGAAAUUGAAUAUAAUGUCUUAUGGUGUGUUGGCAAUGGGAUGUAAAACUAAGGAAAAUGCUGAGAAACUUCUCAAAGAAAUGGAGGAGAAACAUCUGAAGGUCAACAUAGAAAUUCUUGGAACUCUAUUGAGACACGGAACCGCAUCUUCCAACUUUGGCUAUGUCCUAUACAUUAUGAAUGUAGUAAAAAAAGAAAAUAUAAAGCUAAACGACAUAUUCUUGAAACACUUAGUAACCUUCAAUGACAAAUGUUGUGAUAUUAUUAAUAAAAAGGAGCAUGUUUCUGAAACCUUCAAGAAGGCUUAUGAAAUAUUUGCCAAGUAUUACAGCACCUGGUUAAAAGAAGUAAAUGUUGAAGGGGCUUUAAAACCUGAACAUCCUUGGCAGCAAUACAGAGAAAAUUAUCCAGAGACAGUUCAGAGAAGUCCAGUGGAAAUCAAAGAACCAAAGAGGUUCUAUAAACGAAAUAAAAAAUUUAGGCGAUAUACUCCUCAAAUAGUAAAUUAA